GAUACUAUACUUGGCUUUAGUAUUCUCCACCAGGCAGAACUAGCCCUGGAUCACCUUAGGAUCCUCGCAGAGGGCUCUCUUGUAGUCGUACUUUUGAUUGAACUUGACUGUGAGCUCUGGGCGACGCUUGACGAACGUGCUAGCCCAGUUCUUGCCAACAGGAGGCUGGUGGCGCUCAGUGAGUAG